GAGGUCGCGCCCUCAUUUUGCGCCUCUCACUCGGGUGGUGGCAAUGGCUCUCACCGUGGCCGUGGUCCUGCUCGGGCUGCUCUGUCUGUCUGGCCUGGACGCCGAACAUCGGAAACCGAAGGUGCAGGUUUACUCGCGGCAUCCACCAGAGAAUGGAAAGCCAAACUUCCUGAACUGCUAUGUGUCUGGGUUCCAUCCACCUGAGAUUGAAAUUGAUUUGAUGAAGAAUGACGAGAAGUUGCCAGUGGAGAAAUCAGACCUGUCUUUCAGCAAGGACUGGUCCUUCUACCUUCUGGUGCAUGCCAACUUCACUCCCAGCGCAGGGGUUGAGUACAGCUGCAUGGUGAAACAUGUUUCUCUUUCUGAGCCUAUGAAAGUUAAAUGGGAUAAGGACAAGUAACCAGCAUCAUGGAGGUUUGAAGAUGCCUGCCUCAUUUGGAUUAAACUAAUUCAAAAUUCUGUUUUCUUUUUAAUACACAUAUGUUAUUAUGCUUUAUGCACACAAAUUAAGGAGCAACACGGAAUUUGACACAAAUAUCUGCUUUAUAAUUUUA